GUACGAUACCGUACUAAUACAAACUUCGAGUACUAUUAAUAGUACCGCCAUCAUGACUGAUAGCCAUAGCAAUGGCCAGUGAAACUACGAACACAGCUGAGUACAUGUAUGUAAGCUGAGUACCAGCUAGUAAAUCAGCUGCGUCCGCGAUGUUGUUGGCAAGGGUUGCUACUGCGAUGCCGCAGCAAACGUUCCACGCCUCUUCACACAAAUCGCAGCCGGCCAGAAGGAAUAACUUUGCAAAAAAUGACGCCUAAGGCACCUCUGAAGAAUGAAGACAAUCAGGGCCUCGGCUUGGCAGCCCCAGGCCACGGAGAGAAGAGAGCCCUCAAAAACGAGUCCGCCCAAGGCUCCACGCCGAAACAGGCUUCCGAUGAAGAUCUACACGAAAUCGUUGUGUGCAACUUGGAGUCGAAAGAGUGUGAGGUUACUGACUUUCAACCCCGGAAUGCCACAACAGGGGCCGCAGCGUUUGUCGCUGGGAAUACCUACGAGAACACUAGCAUGAUAGAUUUUUCCGUGAUGAGUUUGCCGGUGCGGCAAGAUGCUCUCUUUCCACGCGAAUCAGUACCUGGAGCAUAUGCAUACCAAGCAUUCCCACGAAGCUACAUGUACGAGCCACAGCCACCCUCUGAGCAGACCAAUAUGGCAGAGAGCAAUGUGGAUCCUGCAGAGAAUGGAGCAAGAACUGGGACAAGUGAUGCACUUCUAGAAGAAGGCUUGGUUACGGCAAGGCCGGUUUCUACCCCAAUCAUGGCGCAAGAAAAGGCUCAACCCGUUGUGUUCCCCACUGAGACUCAUUCCAAUCAAGAUGAGAAGAUCCGGAAGAACUCUGCCUUUGCGGUGGCUUGCAUUGUUUCGCUUGCUCUGCUUGGCGCAGUGAUUGCCGUCUGCGUCUCAAUCUCCUCGGACGAAACCGUGACACUUGAAGACACAAAGAUUACCAAUGGAAGCUCCAUUGAGCCAAAUGGUUCAACAUCUAAAGCGUUGCAACUGGAUCUACCCAUUCAGUUGCCGAACUCAACCUUGCAUGUGUUUGAGAAUGAUAUCAAUGGCUCCAGUCCACAGUACAAAGCCUACCGAUGGGUCCAGCAAGAUCCCUGGAUAGGCAACUAUUCGAGUGCCAGGAUUUUGCAGCGGUUUGUCCUUGCUACAAUGUACUUUGCCACAGGCAAUAAUGAAACCAAAUCUGGAUGGUUCCAUAUUGGUGGAGGGACCACAACACUUCAAUACCUGAACACAUCACUCGAAGAUACAAUUGCUUUCUAUAGCAAGCCAUGGGCUUUGUCAACCAUGAGCAAAUCUGCAAUUCCUACGGCACACUGGAAAUUCUAUCUUUGA